CUCCGACGCCAUCCUCUCCUCUCCAACUCAAUUACGACUCCAAUUCCAACAGCCUCACCGUACCCAUAUCCAGCUCUAUACCCGCAAUCAUGCCCCCUAAGAACCGCCACCCGACCUCCGCCUCCGUCCAGUCCUCAACUCCCAAAUCCACACCGUCAGCAACCACGACAACGAGCUCGAAGCCGCUGAACGCGAACACGGCGCAGGAUAUCGUGCAGAAUGUGUGGGACAAGUAUGUGCAGCGGACACCGCAGCGUGUGAAGCUGCUGGAUAGCUUCAUGGCGUUUCUAGUGGCGGUGGGUGCGCUGCAGUUUGUGUAUUGUGUGAUUGUGGGGAAUUAUCCCUUCAACGCUUUCCUCUCCGGCUUCAGCGCAACCGUCGGCCAGUUCGUCCUCACAGCCAGUCUGCGCAUCCAGACGAAUCCAGAGAACAAGGCUGAGUUUGAGACUAUAUCAAACGAGAGGGCCUUCGCCGACUUCAUCUUCGGAAGUCUUCUCUUACACUUCUUCUGCGUAAACUUCAUCAACUAGAACCCCCCUCCCCUUUCCUGCGCCACACAAUACAACGACCACAGUUUCAUUUUAGGGUUCCACGUCUAGGAUCGGAUGGCGAAUCGUAAAAGCGAGAUAGGUUACAAUGUACGAUUACGACCGACCUAGGUUGAAGAUAUGGCUUUGAGGACGU